UAUUAAAACUCCACGGGGGUCAGCACAUCACCUCCCCUCCCAAUCGCCUCAUAUCUUCCAAACGCCCCCAGAUUUGGGGAUAGUUAAUUUAGGGUUUAUAGAUAGAUCUGAAAGAAGAAGAAGAAGAAGAAUCAUCUAUCACUCUUUGUUGACGUUUUUCCAUUACGAGAGUGUGUGUUGAGUUCGAAAUUGGGGGUUAAUUCUAAGGUUUUUUGCUAUUUCAAUCCUCGAUUUAGUAGUUCAGCUGAUUUGACUAGGGUUUUUAAUUUUGGUGUUUCGUCACUGAAAAUAGGAGAAUUCUAGUGGUAGGAGGUUAGGGUUGUCUACUGCCAAUGCAAAUUUGUUUAUUUAUUCGAAGAAUUUUUCGGUGAUUUUUCACAUACCGAAAAGUUUCAGUUCAAUGUCGUGGGCGGGACCGGAAGAUAUCUAUUUGUCUACUUCUCUUGCAAGUUAUCUUGACAAGAAACUUCUUGUAUUGCUAAGAGAUGGUAGGAAGCUAUUGGGGAUACUUCGAUCUUUUGAUCAAUUUGCCAAUGCUGUCCUUGAAGGUGCUUGUGAGCGAGUAAUCGUUGGUGAUCUUUAUUGUGACAUCCCGUUAGGUCUAUAUGUAAUCCGUGGCGAGAAUGUCGUUUUAAUUGGCGAGCUGGAAUUGGAGAAGGAGGAACUUCCCCCUCAUAUGACUCGUGUUUCUGAAGCCGAGAUAAAAAGGGCUCAGAAGGUGGAAAGGGAGGCUACGGAUCUGAAGGGUUCGAUGAGAAAAAGGAUGGAGUUUCUUGAUAUGGACUAAGGAAAAUUUGUCGGGUUAUAAUGUCAUGAUGCCAUGUCUUCCGCAAAUAUUAUCGCGGGUGGUGGAUGCUGGCAAUUUCGAGUUGGUGAAUUACUAUCUGUUUGAUCUUUAUUUUAAAUUGCAUAGUUUAUGUGUAACAUCUUGAGUAGAUAAAACAUCCAAGCUUCUGUGUUUCAGUAGUUGCCAUUGUUUGCAUUCAUGUUUCCUAAUUUGUGUGAUAUAAUGUAACACACCCAAUUUCAGAAACUAAAAGAAUUACUGUUAUCAGGUAGGGGUCGUUUACUAAAUACUUACCUGGCAAUUGCUUA